CUCCGCUGGUUCAAGGUAGUCGGGGAACUAUUUUGAUGUAACACAAGGUCGGGGUGCAUGCUGAAGGGGAACAUGGCAGCUGGUGUUAGUGUUAAACAUGGAUUAUUAUGCAGCAAAGCCCGGCUGAUUUAUGGUCUUCAGAGGAAAAUAUCACCUUAUAGUGUUUGUAUCCAGCGAGCAGCCGAAAUACAGAGUGUGAGGGCAUCAAGCAGCACGACGGGAGACUCGCAACACACUGAAAAGUACUGCCUGGAUCUGGUUAGGUCCAGAGACUAUGAUGGUUUCCUGUCCUCUCUCCUCCUCCCAGAGAAGGCACGGCGCUCUUCUCUGGCUCUGAGGGCCUUUAAUGUGGAGCUGGCACAGGCAGGUGAAGGACUCUGUUUCCCAAAAGACCAUUGGUUUGAUGCGAAUGCAGUUUUGGAAGACGGCUAUAGAAGAAAUCUACAGAGAUGAGCCUCCGAACCAACCAGUCAGCACCGAGCUGUGGAGGGCAGUGAGGACACAUAAACUGACAAAGAGAUGGCUGCUGAGGAUCAUAACAGAAAGAGAAAAGGACUUGGAUGACAGAGCCUACAGGAACCUUCAGGAGCUGGAGGCGUAUUCAGAGAACACACAGUCAUCCUUGAUGUACCUCCUGCUGGAGUGUUUAGGUGUCAAAAAUGUCCAUGCAGACCACGCAGCGAGUCACAUCGGUAAAGCUCAGGGAAUCGUAACAUGUCUGAGAGCGACUCCUUAUCACAGCAGCCGACGGAAAGUCUACCUGCCCAUGGACAUCUGCAUGUUGCACGGAGCUUCUCAGGAGGAUUUCAUCCGCGGCAGCCGGGAGCAGAACAUUCGGGAUGUUGUGUAUGACAUCGCCAGUCAGGCUCAUGUGCACCUGCAACAUGCACGAUCCUUUAGCCAUAAUGUUCCAGCAGCUGCCGCUCCAGCCUUCCUCCCCACUAACUAUUUAAACAGUGUGAAUACACACAACCACAAUCACGGGGAUGACACUGACCUGACAGUUGUCCAGAUGACAAUCAUCGGCAUCUUUCACAACGAGGAAACAGGGAAAGAUGCACAAGCAACAGGGAUCACUUCAUCCUUGAGAGGACUGUCAAGAAAAGUCAAUACCAGCUUUACAAGAAAUGGACUGAGGCUGGUGUCGGUGCAUCGAGAGCCACAAUGCUUCAGGAAAGGAGCCACAACUGUCACAUUCCUAUUAUCAGCCCACUCCUGAAUGAGAGAGGACAGACUCGUCAUACCUGGGCUAAGGAGAAGAACUGGACUGGUGCUCAAUGGUCCAAAGUAGCCAUCUACCAGGAGAUUCUAGAGCACUUCAUGCUUUCAUCUGCUGAAAAGCUUUAUGAAGAUGCAUAAUCCUUUUCCAGCAGGACAUAACACCUACCAACAGUGUCAAAAAUACUACCAAAGGGUUUGCUAAGCAUGCGGUUACUGUGCUUCAGUGUUCCAGCCAACUCUCCUGACAUCAACCCUAUAGAACAUUUAAGGAAGAUGAGAAACAGCUGAAACUGAUAUCAAGUCAAGCUGGGCUUCAGUAACAAAUCAACAAUGACUUAAGUGGAUCACCUCCAUGACGCAUCACUGCAGUAAAUUGUGAUAAAGGAGCCUCAACCAAAUGUUUUUUUAAAAAAAGCUUAGUGUUUCACUUUGUGUGUUGUGGAUAUAGAAAAUGUAAAAGUUUACCUUUUUUGACAUAAAUGAUUUAAAAAUGUAUAUAUUUUUUUCAUAGUCAAGUUAGUUGAGAUGCACUAGUACUUUAGUGUACUGAAUUUAAAGUAAUAAGUGUUUGGUACCAUGAGAAUGAAGCACAGUAUGAUCAAUCAAAGCAAUCUGCUCUAUUAUCCUCCAAAUAUGUUGGACUGUUGCCUACAAAAACCUAACAACUUAUGGAAUCAAGACCUGUUUUUAAUUAUUGAUAUCAUUAUGUUGCUGCUACAUGCAUAAAAUCUGAACAAUACAUCAUCAAAUAUCUGCCAACUCAGGAUGUAUCUUGUGUUUUCAGAGUAGAUGUAUUCAGAUGAAAAUGUAAAGAAAUUGCAUUAAGUGCUGUGUAAGCAAACUGCAGCUCAUCUCUCUGGAGUCACCGCCUGAAAGACUUAAGAGAAAUCCACAGGUUUGCAAAUACUGAUGAUGCUGUGACUUUGAUACAUAAAUUUAGUUUUAUCCCAAAGAAAUAUUUAGUUUUCAAUUAAACAAAACUGUAAAAAAAAAAAGAAAAAAAAAAAAAAAAGCUCUUUUUAAAUAAAAUAAAAAAAAUAAAAUGAGGGAUAAAAUGAAACUGCAUCAUUAUAUGACUGAAGCUGAUUUUUUUUUUUUUUUUUAAAGGAUGUUUCUAAAAUUUUAUUACUAAAAUGUGAGUACCUGGAAAUUUUUACUCUACAACACUGAAGUGAUGUAAUUCACAGAAGGGUUAAUCAAUACUUCCCAGUAGCUAAAAAUGCAGCACUGCUUUUAUCUCACAAGUGGUUCCUAAAAGGAUUACGCUGUUUUAAGCUGACUGUUUAUGCCUGCAUGCAGAAGCUGUUUUCUGAUUCUAAAACAAUGAUUUCAGGUUAUAAUGAUGCUGAUGUACUGACCUGCAUCUACUGCAGUACAGAGCUGAAAAGCUCUCCAACUCUGCAGUUUGCAGCAAAAAUCACUCUGCUCUCCUGAGUGUAGACUAUGAUGUUCACGCUGCGGUGGACUUGUAUUAUUUGUCCAUAUGCAUGUGCUUGAUACUUUCCAGCUCAGUGUUCUUGCCCGCACAAGAAAGCCUGCACGGACGCUCACGUUUUCUCACCGCGCCGACAAUUUGAUUUAAAUGAACCGCAGGCUCGGAUGAGUCAUGUGAAACAGCAGGGUAAAAACAGAGUGGUCCUAGUGAAGCCCGAGGGACAUGAAACGCACAAACUUGCCACUUAGGUUCUUUUAUAUUAACACGUGAGUAGUUUAUUUAAACCUUACAGUUGAGAGGGUACCUUUUAGAGCUGAGGACAAAUGCCAUAGCAAUAUGAAUGCAAAGUUCUUUAUGACCUUGAUCACUCGGAUUUCUAAGAGAGGUCAAAUGCUCUUAUCUAAUAUAGUCAUGCAGAUGGUUUUGGAAUCAUUUGGUGACAUUUUCUUUGUUUUCCUGCUUUAGUCAAGCUGCAAUUUUGUCCUCUAUACCCAAAUAUAAAACCAUAAAAAUAGCAUUUGUAAGACUCAGUAGUGUACAUCUGUGGCCACAGUCAAAUGUUGGCUAGUUUCAGGUUUCUGACUCACCUCCAUUUUGCUCAGUGACUCACAGGAUAUGGAGGGGCAAAAAAAAAGACAUGGCCAGUGGUGUAUGUGUUUACUUAUUUCUACAGCAAUUGCAGUUAAAAACUUGUUCAAGUACCUGAACCAACAGCUUAACCAUGUUAUGAAGUUCUGAGUCAUAUCCAUAUGAACCAUACCUGUAGGAGGAUGAGUCUGUGUUUACACUGGAGCUUGUUAGGUCAAACCUGUUGAAGUCUAAACCAAACUCUCCUGUGGUGAUGUGUG